AUGUCACAAGAGUCCAAAGAUCUUGGCUCACGGUGUUGCGUUUCCAUAGGUGAUGCAAAUGUCUUACCUUCCUCCUCUUCUAUUCUCUCAAAUCAAUUAACAUCUGAAAAUCAGGAAAUUUUUGACGCCUGCCGGCUUGGUGUUAUUUCACGAGUUAUUGCUCUCCUCGACAAGGGCGUACCUGUUAAUUUAAAAGACACCACUGGAAGAAAAUCUACUCCCCUGCACUUUGCUGCUGGUUACGGUAGACUCGAUGUAGUUAAAUUAUUAGUUAUCAGAGGGGCUGAUGUUUGCGCAAAAGAUGACGGAGGUUUGAUUCCUUUGCACAACGCAUGCUCUUUUGGUCACGCUGAAGUUGUUCAACUUCUUUUGGCAGCUAAUUCUGAUCCUAAUGCUCAGGAUAAUUGGCAUUAUACACCUCUACAUGAAGCUGCUAUUAAAGGAAAAGUUGACGUCUGCAUUCUUCUUUUACAGGCCAAAGCCGACCCUAAUCUCCGCAAUCUGGAUGGCAAGACGCCACUGGAUUUUGCUAAGGGUCCAACAGCUCAAGUACUUGUUGGUGAUUACCGUAAAAAAGAGUUACUUGAGGCAGCACGAACCGGCAAAGAGGAUAAAUUGGUCUCCCUUCUCACCCCUCAAAAUGUAAACUGUCAUGCAGAUGAUGGGCGCAAAUCAACGCCUCUUCAUUUAGCAGCUGGAUACAACCGAACCCGAAUAGUGCAAAUUUUGCUAACUGCUGGUGCAGACGUUCGAGCUAAGGAUAAGGGUGGUCUAGUUCCCCUUCAUAACGCCUGUUCCUACGGUCAUUUGGAAGUCUGUGAAAUGCUUAUCGCCGCUGCAAAUGCUACUAGCCCAGUAGAAAGCUCUUCGGAAGCCCAACAACAGGUCCAUGCCGCCGAUCUCUGGCACUAUACGCCUCUGCAUGAGGCUGCAAGCAAGUCGAGAUCAGAAGUUUGCUCUCUCCUACUCGCACACGGUGCUGAUCCCUACCAACCAAACAUCCAUGGCAAAACUGCUCUGGAUUUGGCACCUUCUAGGGAGCUGAAACAAAGGAUUGUGUAUGAGAGGAGGGGUGAGUUUUUCUCGUUGAAAUAUUACAAGUUAUAA